CUUUUCUCUAGAAGAUUUUCUAAUAGCUGCACGCGAACUCCGCGACUGUCUUCUAUAAGUUUAAUUUUCAAUAUAUUGUUAAACGCAUAGUGCCAGUUGCAGUAGAGUAAACGCAUCCGAGCAAUAACAUAAACAAAAACCUUAAGUAAAUCGAUUUUGCCAACCAGUGCGGACUAAAGUUAUUAUCUUGGAAUAUUUGCAGAAAAUGAGAACUUCAAGUGUGGUUCAAUAUGCGCUUCGUAUGAGUUUUGGACAGGCUUCAUCACAGUCUUCGAGCAGUGUCUUUUCCACAGCCACACCGGACCGUGUUGUGUCACGUUCAGCUACAAUGAUGGCUGUAUUUGGAAUCGCAAUAUCCUCGUUUAGCUUGAAGCAGAUGUUGGCCAGCAGCGGAGCCAAUAAGUCUUCAAAUGCUGCUCUUACAUUACGCAAACUUUAAAUAAAAAUAUGCAUAAGAUGGCACUUCGUUUAAAAAUUUUUAUCAAUUUGGAACAGAAGCGGAAGGAAGUACCACGAAGGUUGAAGUAUGAGGGGGAUGCAAAAGCAUAAACAAAUUAAAACCAAACCUGUAUAAGAAAAUAACAAAAAACAAAAAAAAAAAAAGAUUUAAACAAUCUAAUCCACAACUGAUGAGUCGACGAUGUACGAAUUGUAGUUAACAGACUAAAUUUGUAUUGCAAGCAACGUAGAACUGAUAAAACAAAAACAACAAAGGAAGUAUGUGGAGGAAGAUAGACGCUGGGAGAUCAACACAAGUCCCAAAUGCAAUGCAGCAAUAAACAAAAUGAAAAUGUAAAAAUAGCAAAAGAGUAGAAAAGUGCCUACGUUGUGUAAAAUUAUAAAUUUUGUGAGUUAAAAGCGCAAAUGUGGCCGGCCGUUCGAGCGUUUGUUGGUGAAAUAUUUCAACAUUUGGGGCGAUUGCAGCAAAAUUUCAUAAGAGUGUAGUUCUAGCAUAUAUUACUAACUAUGUUAUGUAUAGUAACUCUCAUCGUUUCACCUAUUGAACUAUUCAGCUAUGAUUGAUUUUUGAAUUGUAGUCGUUUGGUAUUCAUUGCAAUCAUCUAUGUAUGCGUACAACCCCAAUCACUAGCCCUUAAACACAAUUAGUUUAUAGUUGUAUAUAAUUUUGAAUGUUAUUUUUUAUAUACAUUAUACAUUUCACUUUAAAUAACUAUUUAGCUUUAGGUGACACUUUUGACGCGAUUGGUAACCACAAUCAAAACUUAAAAUUUUGCUUAAAUGCAUUAUAUGGCACAUAUACAUUAAUUUUGAAUGCACUCCAUGAUUUUUUGACGCAGCCCUCAUCAAAUAGGAAACCAACAAACGCACCAAACGUUUUAAAUGCCAUGGCUCGCUAAAUUAAUGGAUGGUUCAUAAAACUUAUUAACGGAAAAAAUUUAUAAUUCAACACAACGAAAACACUUUUAUGAACAAAUCAACAAAAAAAAAAAAGAAAAAAGCUUGCAAGUGAUGUUUGCAAGAUUAGUAAAAUUAACCCAAUAAAUAGUUGUGCGUAUUUUUGGGAAUUUAAAUUUCUUUAGAAAAUGUAAUAUGUCUGAAACUGUAACUGGAAGUGAUAGCAAGUUCUCGUGCAACAUGCCGCACUUUGAAAUUAUGUGAUACUAAUGUAAUCGUCUUGCGUCACACAUAACGAAAGAAAAAACACGCAUGCAAUAAAAAGCCAACAUAUGUUUAAAAGCUACUACAAAUGCUUACACAAACAUAUUUUUUGCCAAUUUAUUAACUAUUUGUUUUUUAUUAUUUUUGCACUUCAACACCUGCAUGCAUGUACCGGUAGGCGAACGCGUAUGUUCAUGAAUGUGCAUAUGUAAUUGUGUUUUUGUGGUUUUGUUUACAUUUACUCUUGCACAAGAGUAUUUAUGUGCCCAUGAUUUAGUUUCCAAAUAUCUAAUAAUACUAUUUCCGAAAAAUAUAAUUUAAAAAGCCAUAUGUUACAUAUACAGAAUUCUGCAAAUGUGCGCGACGUAGGGCGAGAAUAUUAUAAAUAACACUUGCAAGUAAACUGUAGUUAAAUUGAUGAUUAUAACUUGAACGAAAUACAUGAUAUACAUAGUUUUAUUUAAAAUUGCUGACAA